AUGCUUACACGAGUUUCAGAAAACCAAUCUCAUCGCAAACUACCGAGAUUCUCAAGAAAUUUCAGCCUUCAUGGGCUGUUCUACUUGCUCGGCAAGAGUGUUGCUACGUAUCCGUAUGCUUACCUUCUGGUCGGGGCAUUAAUUUGCAUGAAUUCCGGCGGAAUGUACUGGAUGAAUCUUCGUGAUCGCAUAAGAGAUGGGUACACUCCUGUCAACGCCCCAUCUCGCUACGAAACGGAUGUUAUGCGAGAAUUUUGGAACUCUACUAGCGAUCCGAUGAUGACCAUAGUAUUGUUACUGGCAAGGGACCAGGGAUCAAUGCAUCGUAAACCACACCUAGACGAAGCAGAAAGGCUCGUUGACUUCUUAUACACAAAUUUCACAGUUGAUCAUAAAGGAACUAAGCUUCGCUUCAAAAAUUUGUGCUCACCCUACUGCAACAUGAACGAAGUAUUCAAGACGUUCAAGAGUGCUUUUGAUGUCCAGUAUUCACAUGCAGUUAAUAAUGAGUCGCUCAGUACACAUAUUCAACUCAAGUACCCAGUUGCCAAGUAUUUCGGAAUAUCGCUGCACUUGGAAAGAUGUUUCUUCGGCGUUCGCUUAAAAGUUUUUGUAGAAAACUCGACUCAACUUUACCUCUCUUAUAUUGUCGUUACCAUUUUUGCUAGUUGGGAAAUUGCAGCCUACGAAUGGAGUGUGGAGUACAAUAGCUGUUCGAACGAAAGCGAUUCUCUUGUAGAAAUACAGAUGAGGAUUAAUGUAAUAGGGACAGAGAUUCUUGAUAUGGAAAUGAUACGAGAUACCAGAAAAAUUACUCCAUUUUUUGCAGCUGGCUUUGCGUUUAUGAUCACAUUCGUAAGUGUCUGCGUUUUCUGCAGUGCUUUAUACUACAAUGCACUUGAUGCCGGGAAAAUACUGGUUGGAGUUGGCGCUACAUUCUGUCCUAUAAUUGCUAUAACAUGCUCUUAUGGUAUCGUGUCUAUGCUUGGAUGUCGCGUGAAUUCGUUUAUGCUUGUGAUGCCCUUUCUCAUCAUGGGAAUCGGAGUGGAUGAUUCUUUUCUCAUGAUUCACACAUGGCAGCGAAUGAUUCGUGAUGGUUAUAACGUUAAAGAAAGAUUAGGAAUGGUCUAUGAACAUGUCGGCCCGAGCAUUACAAUCACUUCACUUACCAAUUUCUUAUCAUUCGGAAUUGGAGCUUAUACACCAACUCCAGAAAUUCGAUUGUUCUGUUUCGCGACAGCACUCGCCAUGGCUCUCACGUUCAUUUUUCAACUCAUUGUCUUUGGUCCAAUCUUAGCAAUUGCUACCGGCUUCGAAAAAGCAGGGACCGUUGAGGAACAUUCCAGUUGGCGUAAUGUGUUGGAUGCUUCCUCAAACAAGCUCCUUCAUUACUACUGCUGUUUGCUUGGUCAUAAAGUCUUCAUUUCCUUCGUUGUAGCUGCUACUUUUGUAUACUGGUAUUUUGCUAUCAUUGGAAUACUCGAGAUCAAAACCAGGCUGGAUACUGUGAAGAUUUUACCGAAAAAUUCUCCGCUACAGAGACCAAAUUACAUUCUCAGUAAUAUUGUUUGGGCAGAAUAUCAUGCAGUGACUGUCGUGAUUAGCACUCCAUUUGAUGUUACAAACAAAACUCACACCACUCUCUUCUGGGAUAUGAUCCACAACUUCGAGACUCUCCCUCAUUCGAAAGGUUCAUCUUCCUCACUGAUUUGGUUGAGGGAUUAUAUCGACUAUUAUUACAACGGAGAUCCCGCUAAUAUUAUUUCCGUAUUUCUCAGACGCGACGACAUAAAUCCAUAUUUGGCUAACAUCACGCUCAAUAAAUUGAACGACUUCUUGGAAUCGAAAGUUUACCGACAUUGGGAAGCCUUCAUGAGAAUCCGAAAUUAUAAUGAUGCACCUAUUGUUGAGCGUUUCUGGUUAACUGUAGCUUAUGAGAACACGUCACAAUGGGAAACUCUCCUGGUUGCUAACUGUUCAAUAAAUCAGUAUCCUGAUCUAAACGCUAGUGUUUGGGAACCAAAUGGAAUGUUUGUGGAUCAAAUGUUGAGUCUGAAAUCAGGAGCCUUGCAAACUAGUGUGCUGACACUUGCUUGCAUGGCUGUGGUUUGCGCACUAUUUAUACCCAACCCAUGUAGUGUUAUUACUGCUGGAAUAUCUAUAGCUUCUAUUAGCCUAGGUGUUAUUGGGUUCUUAUCGAUAUGGAAGUUCGAUUUGGAUCCGGUUGUCAUGGCAGCGCUUCUAAUGUCCAUAGGAAUGAGCGUCGACUUCAUCGCUCAUGUAGCUUAUCAUUACCAGUUGACAGUUCGAAAAGAAUUUCGUGACGGCCGUGUUGUAAAAAUACCAGUUCGUGGUCCGCAGCAGAAACUGGAACACACACUGAGAUCCGUUGGUUGGCCUAUGUUGCAGGCCGCUAUUUCCACAGUUUGCUGUACCCUUCCUCUCUUACUCUUAGCGAGCUACUCUCCUUCCGUGUUCGUCACUGCUAUAUUUCUUGUCGUAACUUGGGGAGCUCUACAUGGUCUCGUAGUCUUACCUUCUUUUCUCGGGUGCCUCCCAGAUUACUUAACGAACGGCAAUUGUUGUCGAACUUUUAUAUCACCUUCGUCGAAGAGAAGUUGUCGAUAUUCUGAAUACAGUCAUGAAAGCAUGCGGCGAAUGUGA